GAAGAGAAAUGUACUGAUACUCAUUAUUACCAAAUAAAAAUGUCGAAUAGUGCUUUUGGACCGGUUUUAAGUUCAGGGACUGCUCCUAAUUUAGGCAGUGUUCCAUCUGCUAAAGAAGAGCAUGCCUUAGGCUUAAAAGCUAUUUAUGCAGCUUGUCGACUGUUGUAUCCUGAUCAACCUACUCCACUGCAAGUAACAGCUGUUCGAAAGUUCUGGAUGGGUGGACCAGAUCCUUUGGAUUUUAUCAAUAUGUAUGCAAAUCCAGGAUCAGCUGAACUGCAAAGCCCUCCUCACUGGCAUUACGUAACUAAUGGUUUAUCAGAUUUGUAUGGUGACUCGAGGUUGCAUGGCCAUUGUCAUUCAACUGACGGUCCAAGUGGUUUCGGUUUCGAGUUAACAUUUCGAGUGAAACGUGAAGCAGGUGAAACAAAUCCACCAACAUGGCCAGCGCAUUUACUACAAAGCUUAGCACGUUAUGUUUUCUAUUCACAAGCUCAGUUAAUGGCAGGCGAUCAUAUUCCAUGGCCUACGUCUUUAGAUAAACAGCCUAAUUUUUCAUCUCAACAGUCGGAAAAACGACGACGGCAUCAUCACCACCACCAGCAACAACAGACGGAUAAAGAAACAAAUGUGAAAGAGUUGGAAAAUGCAAGAAAAUCCAUUGCAAUGGCGGCUGCAGCAACUGCGGCUUCCAUAUUAGCUGCAAACAGUGCUAAAACAGGUAUGGGAUCUUCAUCGGCUGCUUUAUCCGCAUUAACCAAUCCUUCGACUUAUGCAUCCAUGGUCGCAGCUGCUCUAGCCGCUGUCAAUAAUAACAACUCGAAUGAUCCAGUUGGCCAGAAUGAAACUAAGGAUAAACUAACAGCUAAUUCAACAAAUUCUUCACGUAUUCAUCAUAUGCUACUGGUAGAAGAUCCUCAACUGAAGAAAAUCACUACACCAUAUGGUUAUGUUCAAUUUUUACAGUUGGUUGGUCUUUGCGAUGAGGAACUGCGUUUGGUUCAACGUUGGACUGGUUCUCAUGUUGCCGAAUUAAUGAGUUGUUCACUAGAAACUGGUGGUGGUCUUCUUGUCACCGAUAUGAGAAGAAAUUUAAAUAUUUUUGAAAUGCAACCAAAUUUAGUGGAUUAUAUCAAUGAUAAAUUAAAACGUGAAGGUUCGAAUUUAUCUGGUGUCACAAUAUCCUAUUUUGCUUGGGCACCUAUAACUAUGGUCACUUUAGGUGAGCUACUACCAGGUGAAGUGGAGUCUCGUCGAUUGCGUCGUCAAACACAGAAACGUGAUUCAUCUUCAACUAGUUGUCUGUAUUCUAAAUCAGAAGUUCAGUCCGGAUCCAAGGCUGUAUUGUUUCAUAACCCUUCAACUGAUUAUAAUACCCACAAAUCAGAUACUGAUAUUGGAUCUAAAACUGUGGCCAUGGACACAGAUGAUACAUUGGUGUCGUUUGCAGUAAAAAAACGAAUUGAAGAUGAUGAAUUUAUAGAUGUUGUUGGCGGUGGUGGUAACGGGGGUGGCGACGAGACAUUGCAGAAGUUGACUGCAGAAAGUUACAUCAAUUCAUCUACUAGUGCUUUAGCUUCAGUGUCUGCUGAACCUAAUUCACUAAAAAUUUCUCGUUUUGAUCCAAAAUCUCGUGUUUCUUUAAGCAAUAGGUUGAGCUCCGGACAUUUAACUUCAGAUUGUUUUCCGCAUUCAUUAGGAAAUCGAAAUGUAAUUGAUGGACAAACUAUCAGUGCACCUGGUGGUUUUUCUGCCUGGUGUAAUCGGGUAGGACCUAUCAAUCAGUUUAACCAAUCACCUAUGAGUCGUCAAAGCAUAAACAAAGUCGGCGCUAAUACUUCAUCUACAGGUGGUGGAAUAUUCAGAAGUACUUUGGUCAAUUCACCUACAGAACUGACUAAUGUAGUUGGCGGCGCGCUUGGUUUUCGAACAUUCAACUCAGAACUACCAAUAUCCAAUAUGAUUACAGAUAAAUUUAUAGAUACUAGUAUUGAACCUAAAGGUGGGAAUCUUACACCUGGUGGUGGUGGUAGUAGUAGUACUACUGGUGAUGGUUCUGCACCAUGUACACCUUUAGCACAUUUAUCACUUUCUCCGGCAAGUUUGGAUAUGAUGCCAACACGGAUUAUCGAUUAUUUAGAUGUGCAUUUAUGUCGUGAAGCUGGUGAAAUGCUUCCUUUAGCAGUGAAUGAUCGACUACGUCAUGGAAGACAUUUUACAUUUUUAAAUGCAAAUUAUCCAGAUCAUGCUAUUACGUUAGUGCCAUCUGGUGUUUCUGGAGCUUUUGUUACAGAAGAAACACCCUAUGUUGCCCGUGGACCAUGGUUACAAAUCUUAUUGACAGACGAUUUUCUGGAACAGUUGGAAUUUCAAUUUUCAUGUUUAUUAUACCCUAAUGAAUUGCAUUUGCCGUUAGUUUUUCGUUGGCCAGAAAGACAUUUACGUAUAUGCUUGGUUGAUGUCAGUUCAUCAUCAUCAUUGUCAUCAUCACCACCACCACCAUCAUCAAACGGAGGCUUACCAUCAAUACCUCUCCCGCAUUCACAGACAGCAUCUGUAACAAACCCGGUGUCUUUAAUAAACGAUACUAAUAACAAUAUUGGCAAUAAUAGUGUCGACAAUAGCAACACUUCAGAUACAUCGAAUAUUUCAAAACUUAUGGGUACUCCUACUACUUCUAGCAUUCAUUGUAAUUGGAAUACAUCAGUGGUAGAUAAUAGAUUGAUAUCUGGUAAUAACAGUGGUAGUGUUGGGAGUACUCUACAGUCCUCAGUCAUUCCGAGUGCAUUUGCUAAAUCUGAUUUACUUCCUUCAUUCUUAUCAUUAUUCCCACCGGGAUGUAUACCACCGCCAAAUGUUUUAUCAUCGUUGUUCAGUGCCAUGGCUACAAAUAAUUCUAGUAGCACUAGUGACAAUAUUAAUACUACCAAUAAUGAUCAAUCUCAAACAGAAUUAUUCAGAAAAUCAUUUCUCCCAAUAAAUCAGACUGUUACACCAGUGCCUAUAUUUCAAACAUCGUCGUCAUCAUCUACAUCAUUAAUCCAACCAUCCGCAUCAACGUUGCCGAAUUCAUCUCAUAUACACCACCAUCAAAUCACUCAGCAACAACAAGUACGGCAAGAACAUCAACCAAGUACAACAUCUCUUCCUACUGAAUUAAAAGUUGAUAGCCUGAUUGAUCCUAAUGUAUUUGCUAAUAACUGGUCAAUGUUUUUGCAAACAUUAAUGCGUAACAGUAACAUUAAUACUAAUAAUACGGAUUCAUUAAGACAAAUAAUAUCUGGUAGUCAGAAUAACAGCGUUGCUACUACUAAUAUCAGUAGUACUAAUCCAACCGCUUAUUUCAUGGAGUUUUUGCAAAAUUUUCCUUUCAAUAAUAGUAAUAAUAAUUGUAUGAAUAUGUUGUCUGCUUUAACUUCGUCAACAGCACCCACAGCAUCAGUAUCAUCGUCAUCAUCAUCAAUGAAGCAUUUUUAAAUUUUGUUUUCUCAUAUGUUUUUAAAGCGUACUGACCUAUUGAUACUCUUAUGAAGUAUACAUUAAAAUAGCAUAUGUGUAUUCUUUCAUUAAAAAUUUAUUCUAAGGUUAUAUUUUUUUCUGCAUAUUUCCUACAUUUCCUUAUUUUCUUUCUUUCUUUUUCAAACAUCAAUUUCCUCUUAUUCCAUCAUUAAUAUGUUUACAUGCAGUGUUCUCUCGUAAAACAAUCAACAACAAAUGCGGUAUUCUAGUUAGAAUGCAAAGAAAUAAAACCAUGUUUUAUCUUUCGUUCGCACAGUUUUUGGCGCCAAGUAAUCGUAUCAUUGUGUGUGUGUGUGUGUGUACUUUCAACAAUCAAAUCAAUGAUAAUAUUAUUAUUUUCACAUGACCAAUUUCUUGUUCUCAUGCAAUUCAUUAACAUAAUGUGUAUAUUAACGAGUAGUAAAUAAUUCCUUCAACAAUUAUUUUGAAUGUUUCAAUUGAAUUAUUUCAUGUUUUUUUAUUAUUUCAUUUAAAAGGAAAGCGCCAAAUAAGCACACAACCUACUAAUGAUUUAUUUGGACAAGAACCUUUUUUUCCCUUCUUUUUUAAUAUCUCAAAUAUACAUUUAUCUGUUAUGGUAGGUUAAAGAAGCGCCAUCUAUUUAUUUAGGGUUAUUUCUCCCCCCUUUUUGUUUUUACUUCAUUUUACCCGGUCACUUAUAUAGGAGAUAGUAUGAAAGUGUUUUCAUUGGAACCUUCUCAAUAUAGUACAUUGAUUUGACUCAUUCUAACUUCUUUAUUAUUUGCAUUUGUUCUUUUUCAUUCACUAUCGAUAUUGUUCACAUUCGGAUUUAUUCUCCAGUAGAAAUUUGUUAGAUUUAAUUGAUUUUAGGGGUUAACAUACAUUGAUUUGUGUACCCGUCUGUUAUUACCGAUGAUUGACAUUCAUUGUACUGUUAUAGUUUGAAAUAAUAAUUCACUUUCUUAAAAUUAUAAAAUGUAUGUAUGUUUUCGUUUCAUGCGCAUUUUUCUUCGAUAAUACUUUCGUUGUGGACGGAAUUAAUUUUCAUCACUUUUUGUUUUUAUUAUUUUACACUUACUGAGAUGAGAUAGUCAUAAUGAUGAGGUUUAGAAUUGAAAGGAGAUAAAAGAAUGAAGUUUGAUUUUUGUUUUUCUACAUCAUAUUUUUUAUCAGACUAUUGAAAAUAUAUAAGUAUUAUAUGUAACCUUUUCAUCAUUAGUAUUUUUUAAAAAAAAAUUUCAUCUUUACCAUGCUGCUUAAUUUGUGUUGGAUUGCGUCUUUUUUUACCCUCCAGUUUAAUUAAAGGCAUGAAAUCUAUGAAUAUUUCCAAAGAAGAAAAGUAUUCUGUGAAUAUUGAAAAGUAUACUAGUUUUAAAUGUUU